UCUCUCAGGCAGACAGGAGCCGCUUCAGUCCCACCAAUGUCAAGUUUUAUAUAUAUAUUUAUAUUGUUUGCCCCCCCUCACUGCACUGUGCGCCAUUUAUCAGCGGAGUCAAGUUUGGAUGGGAGUUGAGAGCCAGCCUCCAAAUGGACAAACAGCGGGUGCAGGGACGAAAGGCGUGCGUAAAAUGCCCCGUAGUUUGUGCUUUUGUCUUCGUGGUUUGCUUUUUGGACCCGGCUUGUGGCCAGAUCCGCUACUCCAUCCCAGAGGAGCUGGAACAUGGCGCCUUUGUGGGAAACAUAGCGGAGGACUUGGGUUUGGAUUUGGAUAAACUCUCGGCGCGCAGGUUCCGCAUCGUUUCCGGCACCAGGAGGCAGUACGUGGAGGUGAAUUUGGAAAAUGGGGUUUUAUUUGUGAACGAGAGGAUAGAUCGCGAAGAACUGUGCGAGCAGAGUUUGGGCUGUUCCUUCCACCUGCAGGUGGUCAUAGAAAACCCUCUAGAGCUGUACAGAGUGGAGGUGGAAAUCGUGGACGUGAAUGACAACUCUCCUGGCUUCCCGUGGACUGAAUUUAACCUGGACAUUUCUGAAUCUGCGGCACCGGGGUCCCGCUUCCCACUUGAAAGCGCGCAAGAUUUGGACGUGGGUUCCAACGCGCUGCGCACGUAUCUGCUGAGCGUCAACGACCAUUUCACUUUGGACAUCCAGACGAGAAGCGACGGAAGCAAAUUCGCCGAACUCGUUCUACAGAGCCCUUUGGACAGGGAGCAGCAGAGCGCGCACCAGAUGGUUCUGACGGCGGUGGACGGGGGCUCUCCGGAGAGGUCCGGCACUGCGCAAAUUGACAUCACGGUCUUGGACGCGAACGACAACGCGCCCGUGUUCGACCAGUCCUUCUACAGGGUGAGACUGGCUGAAAACGCACCCAAGGGCGCAGUGGUCAUCAAGCUGAACGCCUCCGACUUGGACGAGGGCGCCAACGCUGACAUCACCUACUCCUUCAGCGGGCACGCGCCCAUCAAAGUGCGCCAGCUUUUCAGUGUGGACGCGCGCACGGGGGAAAUCAAAGUGAAAGGGGUGAUCGAUUAUGAAAAAGCAAGGAUGCAUGAGAUUUACAUCCAGGCCAAGGACAAAGGUCCUUCCGCUGUCGCGGUGCACUGCAAGGUGCUGGUGAACGUCUUGGAUCGGAAUGACAACCUCCCGGAGGUCAUUCUGACGUCAGUGUCUACACCUGUGCACGAGGACGCGCCCCCCGGCACCGUCAUUGCUGUCAUCAGCGUCACGGAUAAGGACUCUGGGGAAAACGGGAACGUGGACUGUGAGAUCCCAAAUCUGGUCCCGUUCCAGCUGCACUCCUCUUUUAAAAACUACUACACGCUGGUGACGAGUGAUUUUCUGGACAGGGAGGCGGUGGCAGAGUAUAACAUCACACUCACUGCAAGAGACAUGGGCUCUCCGCCGUUAUUCACCAGGAAAACCAUUCUGGUUCAGGUGUCUGACGUGAAUGAUAACGCGCCCGUAUUCAAGCAGCCGUCUUAUACCGUGUAUUUGACGGAGAAUAACGCGCCGGGGGCUUCGAUUUGCUCCGUGAUAGCGCAGGACCCGGAUUUUGGGCAAAAUGCGUACCUCUCUUAUUCAAUACUAGAUGACAACAUCCAAGGCAUGCCGGUCUCCACAUACGUGUCCAUAAAUUCGGAUAACGGGAAUAUUUACGCCCUCCGAUCGUUUGACCACGAACAGCUAAAAACCUUUCACAUCACGGUCCAAGCUCAAGACGCCGGCUUCCCGCCUUUAAACAGCAAUGUUUCCGUGACUAUAUUUAUUUUGGAUCAAAAUGACAACGCACCCGUCAUCGUGUCGCCUCUCCCUCAGAACGGGACACCCCCGGUCGAAGCAGUGCCAAGAUACGUGGACGCCGGGUACCUGAUCGGCAAAAUAAGCGCAUCAGACGCGGACGGAGGCCAGAACUCGCGGCUUUUCUACCAAAUGCUCCAAGCGACCGACCCUAGCUUGUUCAGCGUGGCUUUAUACACGGGGGAAAUCAGGACAGUACGGCAGUUGGUGGAGAAAGACCCCACAAGGCAUAGGUUGGUCAUACUGGUGAAGGACAACGGCCAACCGCCCCUCUCGGCCACAGUUUCCAUCAUCCUGUCAGUGGUUGACAGCCUGCCAGAAUCCCAGCCCGAUUCGGGUGACCUGUCACUGAGCCCCCAUCACAGCUCCAACUUUAGCCUCUACUUAAUCGUGUCCCUGGGCGCCAUCUCCUUCACGUUUCUCGUGGCCAUCAUCGUCCUCGUUACAGUGAGGCGGCUGAAGGACAGAGUGUCCAACAGAGAUUCCAGCUUCCCCGCCGCCAACUUGUGCGGCUGCUGCUGCCGCACGGGGUCGCCCGGCAGCGCAGAUAUCUUCAGAAAGUCCAAUUUGAACAUCAGGAUGUCCGCAGACUCCGCCGGCUGUGCAGAGGCCAACGGCGGAGGAGCGCUGCCGCAAACGUACUGCUAUAAAAUGUGUCUGACGCCAGAAUCGUCCAAAAGUGACUUUAUGUUCCUCAAGCCCUGCAGUCCGGUGUUGUCGGUACGGCAGAAUAACGCCAAGAGCACAGACUACCUGACUUCUGGCUGGAGCGCGCUGGACCGGAACGAGCUGGCCAACAACAGGACAUCAACCCCACAAGAGCUGAGGUACUCCGGCAAGGACUGGACCUGGGCCAAAAAUCAACGCAAUUCCGCAUACAAGAGGUACAGUUCAGGAAACAUGGAGGGGACUCUGUCACGCCCGCAGCAGUACGACGCAGACGCUUACUUCUGCUCUGUGGCACCACAGUACUGGACCUGGGGGAACCAUAUGAGCGAGUGCAAGAUGUCUCUUCAAGAGGAACCGUGGACGCCAAAGUACACCCAGCCUCAGUCCGAGGCAGCGGACUACCAGCACAACGUGUACAUUCCCGGCACCACAUCGGGUUACAGCACGCUCAAGCUGGCGCCGAGAGGCGACUUGGACGUGUACAACACCUUCUCCACGUUUGGGAAGAAAAAGAAAUUCAUAUCGAACUAUGAAGCGUCUUUCGACAAAGACGACGGGCUCAUCAGCAAUGCUAUUUUCAAAUGAGGCGCCAAACCUUUCCGGUUCAUCGCCGUAAAUCAUCAACUGGAAUUAUUAGAAACCAUUUAUGCUGGGGUUAUGCUAUGGAAACAGUGCGCAUAACGCUUCAGCACCAUGCUCACAUGUACUGAAAUGGCGGUCAUGAUGAAACUGGAGGGGUUGCACCGCACACAUCCAACGUAACGCCAUCCUACUCUUAACACUUAACUUUUCAUCUUUUCCUGCUGAAUUCCCAUAAGAGCGCAUUGUGGAAACCAGGGGUGUCCAAAGUCCAUAUGCGGCCAGCGGCUGUUUUUUAACAUUUACUUAUUCAUAUCCUUUAACAAGAAAAGUAAAAAAAAACAAACAAAAGAACAACAGCAAACAUGGUCAUUUUACAGGAAUAUAGUUAAAACAUGAAGGAAAAAGUUACAUUUUACGAGGAUAACGUAAUCUUAUGAGGAAAAACAAUGACAUUAUUAAAAAAAAAAAAGAC